UGAAUACUAAAAUGAAAUAUUGACAUGUGAAAGAUCAUAUUUUCAGAGACAGUCAAAAGGUCAAACAUAGUGCAUUUUCUUGGAACCUUGGCAUAUGGAUACUAUGCAAUAAAGCUUAGUGAAGAGAACCUGCCUGACUUAAUCAUACUAUUUCGAUGCGGGAUUUGAGUGCGGGGUUCCGACAAUAGCUUCUCAAGUUUCAGAACAAUGGUCUGCAAAAGAAUCCUCUGGCUUAUGAUCUUCUUCUUCUUGUCCAGCCUCUCCUACUCUUUAACUAACGACACUCUUAGCCAAGGCCAUAAGCUUAAUGCUGCAGAUCAUCUUGUUUCUGCAAACGGGCGCUUCACUUUAGGUUUCUUGGGUAGUUACUUGGUUUUGAACUACACAGCUACUAAUGAGAGCAUGCUUAUUAAUCACCCUCUCUGGUUAGCCAACAGAGAAGACCCUGUUCUUGAAAAUUCAGGAGUUCUUACACUUGAUAAUGGAACUGGAGCGUUGAAAGUUGCCCAGAAAGACGGGAAACAGAUUAAAACAUUAUACUCGGGAUCUGCAUCGUCCAAGCCAAACCACGUAAGGGCCAUCCUGCAAAAUAACGGAAAUUUUGUGUUGAAAGAAGUCAACUCCGGGGAGAUAUUGUGGCAAAGCUUUGAUGAUCCAACGGACACCCUUUUGCCCGGAAUGAAAUUGGGUGUGAAUAAAAGAACAGGAAAGAAAUGGCUACUUAGGUCAUGGCUAACUGAAUAUAAUCCAAUACCUGGGGGUUUUACCCUAGAAUGGGACCCUACUCAACGCCAGAUUAUUGUGAAGAGAGAAGGAGUUGAAUUUUGGACCAGUGGCGUAUCAUUGACACUUGAAAGCAGGUUCGAUAACUUGAGUAUUUUAGACUAUUUGCAUCGAAACUAUAAUUUCACUCAUAUAUCGAACGAGAAAGAGGAUUACAUCUUUUACACACUCUUUUCCCAUGAAUUGACGCCUGUAGACCGAAGGAUUUAUUCGAGGUGGUUUCUUGAUGACUUGGGGAACAUACUAGAAGAUGCAGGAAGAGUUUUCUAUUUAGAUUCUGAAGCCUGUGAUGGAAAUAGCACAGAGAUGGGGUGCAAGAAAUGGGAAUUUGGGCCUGAGUGCCGGAGAGAUGGGGAUAAGUUUGCCAUAUUAGCUGGUAGUUUUAUGUCUGAGCUGAAUGAAUAUAAGAAUCUCAGCUUCAUUGAUUGCCAGAACUUGUGUUGGAAUAAUUGUGACUGCAGUGGAUUCAGGUUCGACCAGGGUAGUAUCAGUUACACUAAUUGCCAACUGAAUGAUGGACCUUUUUAUAACCAGAAUUUAAAAGAAGGAGAACUAAACCACUACAUCAUCAUUCCUGGGCCGCCACAUAAAGUGGACAGGACAUGGGUAUGGAUCAUAACGAGUAUAGGGAUGGCUCUGAUUGCUGCUUUCAUGUUCACUUGGUUGUACUUGAGAUGGAGGAGACUGAAAUUAGAAGAGAAGUUUCUGAAAGAGCUGAUGACUGAUGAUAGAGCAAAGGACAUAGAUGAGCUUCAGAACAAUGGAAACAGAGGCUACAAUCUACAGAUCUAUGAUGCUGCAACAAUCUCUGCUGCUACUAACAGUUUCUCUUCGGGCAACAAACUUGGAGAAGGUGGUUUCGGACCUGUUUAUAAGGGGAGAUUAAGGGAAGGACAAGAAAUAGCAGUAAAGAGGCUGUCAAGUGAGUCAAGACAAGGGCUAGUGGAAUUCAAAAAUGAGCUCAUACUCAUUGCUAAACUGCAGCAUAUGAAUCUUGUAAGGCUUCUAGGUUUUUGCAUCCAAGGAAAAGACAAAAUGUUGGUUUAUGAGUAUUUGCCUAAUAAAAGCUUGGAUUUUUUCAUCUUUGGUGACCAAUCAAAGAGAGAGAUGUUGGACUGGAGCAAGCGAUUUAACAUAAUUGAUGGAAUAGCUCAAGGUCUGGUUUACCUCCAUAAGUAUUCAAGAUUGAGAAUUGUCCACAGAGAUCUUAAAGCAAGUAACAUCUUACUUGACCAAGAUAUGGUCCCCAAAAUAUCCGAUUUUGGUCUAGCGAGAUAUUUCAGGCAAAAUGAAUUUGAAGCAAAUACAAGCAUUCUUGUUGGAACCCGUGGCUACAUGUCUCCAGAAUAUCUCAUGGAAGGCAUUUUCUCUGUCAAAUCUGAUGUUUACAGUUUUGGAGUGUUAUUAUUAGAGAUCAUAAGCGGUAAGAAGAAUCAUAAUGUGUAUCAUCAUGACCGUCCGCUCAACCUUGUGGGUUAUGCAUGGGAACUAUGGAAAGACAACUCAGUACUGGAAAUAGUUGAACCAAGUUUAAGAAUUUCAGCUUCUGAAGAUCAAAUUCGGAGAUAUAUCAAUAUAGGGCUGCUAUGUGUGGAGCAGAGUCCGCUAGACAGGCCGAUCAUGUCAGAUGUUUUGUCCAUGUUAACCAGUGAGGUUCAACAAUUGCCGAUGCCGAAACAACCAGCAUUUUAUAUGGGAGAACACAUUGUUGCAGUCAACAAAAGUGAAAGAGACAUGAAAACUGAAUCAAUUAAUUACGUAUCAAUUUCUGAGAUGGAUGGAAGAUGAAUGACCUGACAGUUGAAUAUGUUGAAUUAAGCCUGUUUGGCUUGAUAAAAAUGUAAUCAAAUUUGAUAGUCAUGUGCUGUUAUUGCAGUAAUUUAGGUAUGGAUUGUGGAGAGAUCAAGAUUAGAGUUAGGGCUAGGGUUAGUUUAUGAUUUAUUAACAGUGUUACAGGGAGGGGCUUGAGUGGCUUAAUUUCUAAACAUUAGACGGAUAAAUGAGCUUGAAAUUCAAUAAGAGUCUUCUAGUUGUUCUUUGCUAUA